CUCUAGAGUAACAUAAGGCGCAUCCAAACUAAGGCUAAGUCUAGUUUUGGUAUUCGCAACAAAAUUUAUUUUUUGUGGCUCGAAGUGGAUCUGUCAUCCAUGGAAACGAACAGGGCUGUCAUGUUAGCUGCAGUCCUUUGUUUGUUUGUUUUCGGCCGGAAAAGCUCCUUGAGAAAUAAAAGAAGAAGAAGAAAAGAAAUUGAGUGAAGAAAAUUAGUCUUGUGGAGUGACGACUGAGCUGAUUGGAUGAAAUUCUAAACAGCUGAAGGGGAUGGAGGUGGAAAAAGUGAAGAGAUACUUGGAGAGCUCAGCCACCAUCGAUGGAGAUAAGCUGCCUUUGAGAUUUUUCGAACGCCUAAUUAUGCAUGGUCUCCGCGUUGAACUCAUCGAAACCAAUCGCGUCGUUUGCUCUUUUAAGAACGAGGGAAAUUACUUGCAUAGUGGAGCCGUAGCGACAUUUGUAGACUUGGUUUCCUCCGCAGCAAUAUACACUGCUGGAGGUACCUUCGUUGGAACUUCAGUUGAGAUCAAUAUUUCUUUCAUGGAUGCUGCUCAUGCUGAUGAGGAUAUUGAGAUAGAAGCGAAGGCUUUACAUGUUGGGAAGGCUGUUGCUGUCCUCAGUGCUGAGUUUAGGAAGAAAAGUACUGGUAAAAUUAUAGCUCAAGGUCGUCAUACUAUGUAUCUACCUCUACCAAGUAAAAUGUAGAUAACAUAUUAAUGAAUAAUCGUCCUCAUAUAUAAAAUGUAUUAUUUCCUUGCUUUUAUGGGAGACCUUUAGUUGAAUUUCACAUGAAAUAA